AUGUCCAUGGCCCUAUUCACGGAUGAAAUGCUCUUCGCCUUCAUGGUCCCACUGCUGCCUUACAUCUUCGAGAACCGCCUAGGGCUAGACACAUCCCUCACCCAGCGACUGACCUCCAUUUUUCUAGUUGAAGGGGCAUUGAUAUCUAUUGUCUCGAGCCCAUUUAUCGGGAAUAUAGCCGACCGAGCCAGCUCCAAGAAGGUUCUACUCCUGGUAUUGCUGGUUCUGACGCUAAUCAGCGUGUUAUGUCUAUCAAUCACUACAUCCCUGACUGGGCUCUUCAUCGGUCGCUUCUUUCAAUGCAUCGUCAGCAACGCAUUAUUUAUCGUCGGCAUGGCCACUAUGGCCGAGAACAUCGGGUCAGAACAUAUGGGCAAGAUAGCAGGUUUGACCUCGACUAUAGUAUCAGCUGGAACAUGCGCUGGUCCUGUCAUUGCUGGGUUUCUUUUUGGCUUUGGAGGAUACUGGACGGCAUGGGGUGGCGCGGCUCUGUUUCUCGUCGUGGAUAUCAUUAUGCGUCUUCUCAUGAUUGAAAGACCUCAGAAACGCCGUGAUACCGCUAGUCAACCCCACAAUGGAUCUCUAUGCGCCGAAGAACAUAGAAACUCUGAAGCAGAGCCACUUCUCAACGGAGAUCAGUCUUCGACUACUGAGGAAAUUGGCGGUUGGCGUUUCUACGUCUACCUUUUCCGUCAACCUCGCUUUACGGCGGGAAUCGUCAGCUAUUUUGUCUUUGCGCUUUUUAUUGCUAGUUUUGAGUCGACUAUUGCGAUGCAUGCCCGAGACACUUUCGGUUGGGGCGUUUUCCCGGUCGGGCUUUUGUUCGCUUCUAUCCAAGGGCCGGGGAUGAUCCUGGCUCCUCUUGUUGGGUUGCUGAAAGACCGCGUGGGAUCAAAAGUUCCCACAACCAUUGGAUUUAUCUCUAUUGCGCCUUUCCUUUGGGUUCUUGGUGUGGCUGGUGAUGAGCGCUUUCCAUGGGCGACUUUGGGAACUAGAGGGAAGAUCAUCUAUGGUGUCUGUACGACUAUGAUUGGGUGUUUUAUGUGCUUGCUUAUGGGGGUUGGAACGAUGGAAGCAACUAGCACCGUCGAUGAGUUGGAGAACUUGCAUCCUGGUAUAUUCGGUCUCUAUGGAGGGUAUUCUCGUGCGGUUGCAAUCACAAAUAUGAGUUGGAUGUCUGGUCUAUUGGUGGGACCCAUCUUGGCUGGAUUUAUGGUCGAAAGGUUUGGGUAUCUCGAUCUGCAAUGUGUACUGGCGGUCACUUCCUUGCUGGCUAGCGUCAACGCUGCAUUCAACCUCAGUUCAGCCAGUCCCCAAAAGGAAGAAUGUGGUAGUGACUUUGGGACUGGUGAACCCUAA